AUGGGCCCCGAGGGGCUCGCUGGGGAAUUCCGACGCGGGCACCGCACGCGCGCGGGGGCCGGGAAGGCUUCAGGGCCGUCGGGCGGGCGUUGGGUCCCCGAGCCACGCAGCCCGGGCUUCUCACCAGGCACAGCGUCCUCUGUGGGACGCCCCCCGCCCCCCAUCUGCCACCUGACCCUCAGUCCUGCCUCUGUCACCGCUUCCCGGCAAGCCCCCGCGCAGGGUGGGGCCCGGGCGCCGUGCUGUCUCACAGAGGAGCACAGCCCGGGCGUGGGGCAGGGGCGCCCCGCGGACAGCCCUGUGGGCCGACCCAACCCACACGGCUCCCGCCGGGCAGGGCAGACUCGGGAUGGAGCCUGCGUUUCUGAAGGCAGGCGGAGGCUGCUCCCCAUGGGGCCCGUCCACCGCCACCGCCGGCUUUCCUCUCCCACCGGCUGGGUGUCUGCCCAGCGGCCGCAGGGGCCGCCCGGCCUGCGUCUUUACCAGGGGACUCGGGGGGCUCGUGGCCCCGGACAGCCGUCGUCCGGGCUCAAUGCUCGGCCGAAGCUGCCGAGGAGUAAGAGCGGCGCCUCAGAGACGGCACUGGGCCAGGCCGCUCCGCGAAGCGGGGUCACUGCCGACGGGUGGAGAUGGUUGGGCCCCGUGUCUGAUGGGUUUGCCGCGCGCCCGAUUGUAUGCAGGAAGAAGAGCCGGCAACCCGGGAGUCAUCCAGGCCCGUGUGCCGCGCAAAGCCUACUGCCGGCUCCGCGGUCCCCGCACCCCUGCGCCGUCCCCCGCACCCCUCCGCGGUCCCCGCACCCCUGCGCGGUCCCCGCACCCCUGCGCGGUCCCCGCACCCCUCCGCGGUCCCCGCACCCCUCCGCGGUCCCCGCACCCCUGCGCGGUCCCCGCACCCCUGCGCCGUCCCCGCACCCCUCCGCGGUCCCCGCACCCCUCCGCGGUCCCCGCACCCCUCCGCGGUCCCCGCACCCCUGCGCCGUCCCCGCACCCCUGCGCCGUCCCCGCACCCCUCCGCGGUCCCCGCACCCCUCCGCGGUCCCCGCACCCCUGCGCGGUCCCCGCACCCCUGCGCCGUCCCCGCACCCCUGCGCCGUCGCCGCACCCCUCCGCGGUCCCCGCACCCCUGCGCCGUCCCCGCACCCCUGCGCGGUCCCCGCACCCCUGCGCGGUCCCCGCACCCCUCCGCCGUCCCCGCACCCCUGCGCGGUCCCCGCACCCCUCCGCCGUCCCCGCACCCCUGCGCCGUCCCCGCACCCCUCCGCCGUCCCCGCACCCCUGCGCCGUCCCCGCACCCCUGCGCCGUCCCCGCACCCCUGCGCCGUCCCCGCACCCCUCCGCGGUCCCCGCACCCCUGCGCCGUCGCCGCACCCCUCCGCGGUCCCCGCACCCCUCCGCGGUCCCCGCACCCCUGCGCGGUCCCCGCACCCCUCCGCGGUCCCCGCACCCCUGCGCCGUCCCCGCACCCCUGCGCCGUCCCCGCACCCCUCCGCGGUCCCCGCACCCCUGCGCGGUCCCCGCACCCCUCCGCGGUCCCCGCACCCCUGCGCCGUCCCCGCACCCCUGCGCGGUCCCCGCACCCCUGCGCCGUCCCCGCACCCCUCCGCGGUCCCCGCACCCCUCCGCGGUCCCCGCACCCCUCCGCGGUCCCCGCACCCCUGCGCCGUCCCCGCACCCCUCCGCGGUCCCCGCACCCCUCCGCGGUCCCCGCACCCCUCCGCGGUCCCCACACCCCUCCGCUGUCCCCGCACCCCUCCGCCGGACUCGGGGGGCGCCGGCUCUGGGCACCGGAAGCCUCGCCCCGAGGACACUGCAGUGCACACACGCACGAGCGUGCCCGGGGGCACCGUGCGCUGCAGCGUGCACACCUGCGUCCGCGCGUGGGAGCUGCGUGUGCUCUGCGCGGCUGCGGAGGCGCACACCGGUGACGCGCGGCGCACAGCUGUUUUCUCGGGUGAGGCAGAAGGGACGCGGCGCCUACUGUGGGAGCGAAUGAAAACGGGCCGCUUGUGGCCCGUGGGCUCCUUCCGCCAUCCGCUGUGCUGUGGAGCUACGUGGACGGACGUGAACGCGUGA